CCGAAACGGAGCCGAAAACAAGGCAUAAAACAGAACGAGGACUAGGGCCACACUCUCCUCAGAGUCAAGUGCUUUCUUCGGUCUAAGCUCUUCACCGCUCUCCAACGCCACAAUGUUCUCCAAGCGCAUCGUCUCCCUCCUUCUCUUGGUUGUGUCCUUUGGCCUCUUCGCCUGUGCGAACCCCAUUGACAAACACGACGUCGUUGUGCGUGGUUUGGGCGACGUCACCAGCAACGAGGUCAAUGGUUUGACUCGUCGCACCCACUUCCCGGAGAAUCCUUGCAAUUGCGAACGGGACUUUGAGGAUGCCCUUAAUGCCCUCAACGAGGUGGUUGGCCCACUGAUUCUUCAGCUCGACGGCUAUAAUCCUCCUGGACCUAUUAUUGGGGAUAUUACUACCGCCAUUAGGGCUUCCGCUGAGCUCUGCGCCACAAUCAGGAUUCUUCCCAAUUGCACCAUCACGGUCAUCAUUUCAGCCUGCAUCGAUAUCAUUGUCAAUAUUAUUGUGGGAAUCUGCGUAGGCAUCCUCAAGUACCCUACCACCCUGGUUGUCAGCUUGGUCCUCCAACUCGACACUUGCAUCACCGCGUGGGUUAAGGUCAUCAUUAAGAUUGUUUGCCCCGCGAUCUUGGACCCACUCGUGGCGGCUCUCAAGCUUCGCCUCGACGCUGUCGGUAUCCUUGUUGCCCUUUUGGCUCUUCUUGGCCUUUAA